AUGUCUGCUCGCAAGCAAGUCGAUCCCCGUAUCGGCGCCUUGAUUCGAAAUGGCCUACAAGAAAAGAAGAGAAGCUUCUUCGUCGUUGUUGGCGAUCACAGCAAAGAUGUAAUCGUGCGCCUACACUACAUCAUGUCGCGUGUCGACAUUAAGCAGAACAAGUCGGUUCUGUGGGCGUACAAGAACAAGCUGUUGAACUUUACCAGUCACCGAAAGAAGCGCGAGGCCAAGAUCAAGAAGGAAAUCAAAAGAGGCAUCCGCGAAGUCAACGACGAAGACCCGUUCGAGCUGUUCAUCUCGCUGCACAACAUCCGCUACACCUACUACAAGGAGACGGACAAAAUUCUCGGCAACACCUACGGCAUGUGUAUCCUGCAGGAUUUCGAGGCCGUGACGCCCAACACCCUCGCGCGCUGCGUCGAGACGGUCGAGGGCGGUGGCCUGGUCAUCCUGCUGCUCAAGGGCAUGAACUCGCUGCGCCAGCUCUACAACCUCUCCAUGGACGUGCACUCGCGGUACCGCACUGAGGCGCACGCCGACGUCGUCGCCCGCUUCAACGAGCGCUUCCUGCUCUCUCUCGGCGGCUGCGAGUCGUGCCUCGUCAUCGAUGACGAGCUCAACGUGCUGCCCAUCUCGGGCGGCAAAGACGUCAAGGCCCUCCCGCCGCCCGACCGGGACGAGAGCAAGACGCCCGCCCAGCGCGAGCUCGAGACCAUCAAGGACGAUACCCAGGACCGCCAGCCCGUCGGCUCCCUCGUCAACCUCGCACGUACCGUCGACCAGGCCAAGGCCCUCCUCACCUUUACCGAGGCCAUUUCCGAGAAGACGCUGCGCAGCACCGUGGCGCUGACCGCCGCCAGAGGUCGUGGCAAGUCGGCUGCUCUGGGUGUUGCCGUCGCUGCUGCAGUCGCCUACGGUUACAGCAACAUCUUCAUCACGUCCCCAUCGCCCGAAAACUUGAAGACGCUGUUUGAGUUUGUCUUCAAGGGCUUCGACGCUUUGGGCUACGCCGACCACGCCGAUUACUCUAUUAUCCAGAGCACAAACCCCGACUUCAACAAGGCCAUUGUUCGCGUCAACAUCCACCGCCAACAUCGCCAGACUAUUCAAUAUAUUCGCCCGCAGGACGCUCAUGUUCUCGGACAAGCCGAGCUGGUUGUCAUUGAUGAGGCUGCUGCUAUUCCUCUGCCGCUGGUCCGCAAGCUCAUGGGCCCGUACCUCGUCUUUAUGGCCUCCACUAUCAACGGUUACGAAGGCACUGGUCGCUCGCUAUCGCUCAAGCUCAUCAAGCAGCUGCGUGAGCAGUCGCGCUCCGCCUCUGCUGGUGGUGUUGACACCGAGAUUGCGGAUCGCGCUACUGGCCGUGCGGCCAAGGGCGAAGAGUACCAGGCUGGCCGUAAGUUGCGCGAGAUUACACUCUCUGAGCCCAUUCGUUACGCUCAGGGCGACGGUGUCGAGAAGUGGCUCAACAAGCUGCUGUGCCUCGACGCUCAGCUUCCCAAAAUCAAGGCCGGAGCCCCUGAUCCUCUCCAGUGUGAGCUCUGGAGCAUUAACCGCGACACCCUCUUUUCCUUUCACCACGUAUCGGAGGCGUUUCUACAGCAAAUGGUUGCGCUUUACGUGGCCAGUCACUACAAGAACACGCCCGACGAUCUGCAACUGAUGAGUGAUGCGCCCGCUCACGAGCUCUUCGUUCUCACUGCUCCUCGAUCGGACCAAACGGGUAGACUUCCUGAGCCUCUGUGUGUGAUCCAGGUCGCUCUCGAAGGUAAGAUUAGCAGAGAAAGUGUGUUGAACAGCCUGAGUCGCGGUCAAAGACCUCACGGUGAUCUCAUCCCGUGGCUCGUCAGCCAGCAGUUCCAAGACGAGAACUUUGCUACGCUGUCUGGUGCUCGAAUCGUGCGAAUUGCGACCAACCCAGGAUAUAUGGGCCAGGGUUACGGCUCCAAGGCCUUGGAGCUUCUGGUCAACUAUUACGAGGGCAAGUUUGCCAACCUGUCCGAGGACGAGGAUCAAGCCAUGGAAGAUCGAGUCAGCAGAGUCACCGAUGCUGAGCUCUCCAAGUCAUCGCUUCUGGACGACAAAAUCGCCGUCCGUGACGUCAGCAAAAUGCCGCCUUUGUUCACCAGCCUGGCGCAGAAACGGCCCAACAAGCUGGACUACAUUGGUGUGAGCUACGGGUUAACCAAGGAGCUACAAAAGUUCUGGAAGCGCGCCUCGUUUGCUCCCGUAUACCUGCGCCAAACGGCCAACGACUUGACUGGCGAACAUACCUGCGUCAUGCUGCGACCUCUGGAGACGGGCGACGACUCGAGCUGGCUCGGCGAAUUCUCACGCGAUUUCCAGAAGCGAUUCAACUCUCUCCUCUCCUACCAGUUCCGAACGUUCAACGUGCAAAUAGCCCUGAGCAUCGACGAAGCUGCCUCGGCCGGCGCGAAGCUGGACGGCAACGAAGUCGCCCCCCUGACCAAAGAGGAGCUGGAUCGCUUCAUGUCGCCCUUUGAUUUGAAGCGCCUGGAGUCGUACGCCAACAACAUGCUCGACUACCACGUCAUCCUCGACCUGCUGCCCACCAUUGCCAGCCUCUACUUUAACGGCAAGCUCAAGCAGAGCGUGAACCUGACAGGUAUCCAAAAGGGCAUCGUCAUGGCCAUGGGUCUCCAGCGCAAAGACUUUGAGGCGGCGUCGCAGGACCUGACGGUGCCGGCGCCGCAGCUCAUGGCCAUGUUCAUCAAGGUGCUCCGCAAGGUGACGACGCACUUUGCCUCGCUCGUAUCGGCGGCCGUGGACGCGGAGAUGCCCAAGGCGCAGCAGGUGGGCGUCAGCCGUGCCGACGCCAGCGCCGCGCACGACGGCGAGGACGUGGUGGGCGGCAGCGUCGACAAGUACGCGCCGCUGACGCUGUCGCUCGAUGAUGAGCUGGCCGAGGGCGGCGACGAGGCUCUGCAGCAGCUGCGCAAGAAGCAGCGUGAGAUGAUUGACUCGCUGCCGCUGGACCAGUACGCCAUCGACGGCGAGGCUCCCGGCUGGGAGGAGGCCGAGAAGCAGCUCAAGAGCGCGGCCAAGGACGGCAAGGUCGUGAGCGUCAAGUCGUCGGGCAAGACGAAGCGCAAGGCGGCGGCGGGCUCGACGACGGCGGGCGAGGUGUACGAGGAGGUGUUUGGCGACAAGUCGUCGAGGAAAAAGGCCAAAAAGGACAAGAAAGACAAGAAGGCGUAA